AUGGCAGACCGGAGUAGCGAACAAAAUGAAGAGCAUUCCGAACCUGAACAGAGCUCUAUUCCUUGUCAAGACACUGGUGCUUCAAAUGACAAUGUUGACCAAAUUCAAGGGGAAUACCAACCGGAACCUAGCUCUGCUUCUUGUCAAGAUGCCAAUGAUUCAGCCAAUGACAUUGGUUCGACAUCUGAUUCUGAUACAGAUUCGAGCAUGGGUGAAAACAUUUUAGAAUAUGAACGAACUUUAGCCGAAUAUGUUAUUCAUGAGGGGAUGCCCUUUCGGCUAGCGAAUAGGUCUGGGUUUGAAUUGUUCUGGGAUCGUCUAGGCCCUGGGUGCAAUUCAAUUCCAUCAGAACUGACAAUUGCUAAGCAUUGUUUCAAUCUCUUCCGUGAAGAAUCCAAGAAGCUCAAGGAAUUUUUAGAAAAAUCAUGUUCAGGCGUUUGCCUCGCUGCAGAAACUUGGACAUCAGUUCAUGAUUUUAAAUAUGUGUCUCUUACAGCUCAUUUCAUCGAUGAACACUGGAGACUUCAGAGACGGAUGCUUAACUUCUGUAUGAUUGAAGAUCAUGAAGGUGACACCAUAGGAAGUACAAUUAAGAAGUGUUUGUUGAAAUGGGGGAUUAAAAAGCCGUUUACAUUAACAGUAGAUGAUGCAAGCUCUGAUGUAAUAACACAUUUGAAGGGAUAUUUGAAAGAUUGGAAAGGGCUAAUGUGUGAUGGAGACUAUCUGCAUGUGAGAUGUUAUGCUCAUAUUUUAAACAUGGUGGUAACUGAUGGGUUGAGGGAUUUGAGUGACUCUAUUUCUGCCAUUCGCAAUGCUAUUCGAUAUGUCAGGCUAUCUUCAGAAGGACUUGAAACAUUCAAAAGGUUAGUUCAAAAAGAAAAGAUUGAGUCCAAGAGUCUUGUGCGCUUGGACAUUGUUUCCAGGUGGAAUUCUACUUACAUGAUGCUGGAACGUGCUGUUAAGUUUCAGAAAGUGUUCGAGAGAAUGGAAAAUGAAGAAAAGGGAUACAAGGCAUACUUUAAGGAAGGUGUGGAUAAAAUUGGUCCGCCUACAACUUCUGAUUGGAGUAAAGUUUGUGCGUUUGUUCAGUUUUUAAAGAUCUUUUAUGAUGUUACUUUGAGACUCUCUCGAUCAUUACGUUUGACACCAAAUGAAAGCUUUCAUGACAUCACUCUUGUUCAGGACAUGUUACAACAAAAAAUUACAGAUGAAGAUCCUCUUAUUAGGGAUAUGGCUAAGAAUAUCAAACGUAAGUAUGAUGAGUAUUGGGGGAAACUAGACAACUUGAACCCCUUGUUGGCCAUAGCAGUGAUAUUGGAUCCUAGAUAUAAACUUGACUAUGUCAACUUGGUUUUUGAAAAUAUAUAUCUUGAUGCUGAAGUGUGUGCAGCCAUGAAGAAAAAGAUCAAAGACACUUUGUACCGGUUAUAUGAAGAAUAUUCUGUGUUGGUUGUUAAUGAACCUCCUGAAAACCCUAAAGAUAACAGUGAAUCGAGUAGAAUUGACGCUGGGGUAUUACCUGGAGCAUCUUUUGUUUUUACAAAUCUGAAGGAGAAAGUAUUGAAGAAAAUGAGAGUGACUUGGGAUCCAAAAACAGAGUUGGAGAAGUAUCUGACAGCUGAUUUAGUUGAUGAUUACCCUUCUUUUGAUAUCCUGAUUUGGUGGAAAUAUAAUGCUCCAAAGUAUAAAGUACUUUCUCUGAUUGCGCGUGAUGUAUUAGCUGUGCCGGCAUCUGCAUCGUCAGAACAUGUCUUCAGACCUAGAGAGCGGGUGCUCGAGGAAUAUAAAAGUAAUUUACCGGCAAAGAUGGUUGAAGCACUAAUGUGUGCCAAAAAUUGGCUGACUGCCAAAAGUGUCAAAUUUAGUGAUGGUGAUUUUAACCAACAUGAGGAGCCUGAAGAAGGAGAUUCAGAUUUCGAUGAUGAUGAAGUUUACCUUGUCUUUGAGUAAUGUCUUUU